AUGGUUUUUAAAAAAAAAAAAAUCACCGCCAGCCCUUCCUCCUCGUGUUCGGCCCUUCCUCCUUGUCUCCGAAGGGCGAAAAAACCAGAAGAAGAGAAGAAAGAGAAAGCUCCAAAAGGUGAUAAUGAAAAGAAGGAAAAAAAAAAAACAGAGGAAACAAAAGAAGAAACAAGAUUUUCACUACAGGUUUCAAAGGAGUUAGAGGAUGUUAUAACGGAUUGUAAGACACAUAAGGUGGUUGUAAAAGGGGAAAAAGCAGAUCCGUUGAAGGUUUUAGAGAGAGUGCAAAAGAAGAGCCAACGUCAAGUUGAGCUUCUUUCUCCGAUCCCAAGACCGCCGGCCGAAGAGCCAAAGAAACCGGAAGAAAAAGAAGCCGUUAAACCCGAAGAGAAUAUUAUUAUUGUAAACCGGAAGAAAUUUUUGUUUGCAGAAGAGGGGAAAACGACGAUGGAUCUACCGCAAAUUCAUUGCCAGAGAAUGCUGAUUUGAAGCAAAGACGAGCAAUUGAAGUGGGCGGUCAACGAAAUUGUUAUUAUGUAGUGGUUGUUAUUAAUUGUUACAUUAUGCAAGAUUGAAGAAGAGGGGGUGGAUUAAUGGCGGAAGGAAGAGGCACUACUGAUUUGGUGAAGAUGGAAUAUUUUGGGAAUAAAGUAAAAUUAAUGUGUGGAAAAUAAAAUAUAAUGGGACUCACAUAAAAUAAAGUUAAAUUUAAAAGAAAAAAAAAACCUUAAUUUUGAGCGUUUCACGCGCUUAGAAUUAAGAAUAAAGCACACACUCUGUCAUGUCAGCGUGAAGGGUUCACGAGGUCGUACUUUAGUGGAGAAGAAGUGUCCAACUAAAAAUGAGCUCAGUUGAGGUGUCUGGCUGACCGUUGAGGACAACUUGAAGGGACCGUUUAUGUAUUUCGCCUAAUAUAAAAUCAAGUUGUUAGUUAAGAACUUAUUGACUUGUAAUAGUACCAUUUAUGUUCGAGCCGAUGUUAUCAAAAUGUGUUAUUAGAAUGUUUCGAACUACUUUUGGAGAGCUAA